AUCAAAGAUUAUAUAGACUGGUAAAAAUCCUUCUUAAGUAAUGAAAAAGCAGGUUAGCUCCGAAGAGCCGAUCCUUUAGUGUAGGCUGGGCUGCUAGUUUUCGGCUUUCAAAGUUAUGGUUGUUAGAGCACCAUUAACCGGGGUCCUUAAGAGGGUUUUUAAAAAUAAUGAGGCAUUUAAUUAAAUCAAAAUUAAAGAAAAUUGCUGUUAUCGAUCCUUAAUAUAGGAUUUCUGUGACCGAUUACAAAGGGGAUUUCUAAGCCACGUGUCAGCAAACUAAAUAAUGAGGGUUUUUUUUUUCUCUCUCCUCUUCUCUUUCGUGCCUCGUCUUCUCUGUCUCCUCUUGUGUUCUCCGCGGGAAGACGAUGGCUUUUUGUUCUCUCCUUCACACCUACAAGGUUCAAACGAAACCUUAAACUCCAUCUCACUUCGUUAGGCCUCCUCUCUACCCGAUAAAUCUCUCUCUGUCUCCUUCUCCGUGGAUCUCUCAUUCGAUCGGAUGAUCUCUCUCCUCCGUUGAGUUUCAGAACUUCUCUGUGGAGAUCGAUGGCCACAUCCGCUCGAAAUAAACCAAAUGUAAAUGUGGGAACAAUUGGGAAUGUAGAACAUGGGAAUACUACUUUAACUGCUGCAAUCAUAAAGGUUCUUGCUGAAGAGGAAAAAGCUAAAGCUAUUGCCUUUGAUGAAAUUGAUAAAGCUCUCCAAGCCAAUGCUUUUGCUCUAGACUGAUUCGGAUGGUCAAUCUAUGUUAAGAUUUGAUCUCGGCAUGAUCUUAAUCGCAACCGAUGAGUUCUCAGCGGGAAAUAAACUUGGACAAGGUGGAUUUGGAUCAUCUGUCUACAAGGUAUGAACUUUUCAUUGUAAAAUAUGUUUUCAAAACAUCUAUAUUUUUUGAUGAUGAACACAAACGUUGGAUACUUACUUGGGAUGUGAGGUGUAGAAUCAUAGCAGGAGUUGCAAGAGGGCUUCUUUAUCUCCAUGAAGAUUCUCAACUGAGGAUUAUUCAUCGAGACUUAAAGGCUAGUAUAGUUCUCUUAGACGCUGAGAUGAACCCUAAAGUUGCAGACUUUGGGAUGGCCAGGCUCAUGUGCAUGUUUGAGAGUUCUCAGUUCAAAGAAAACUUCUCCUUGUUUCAGCAACUAGUUGCAGAUGGUGUCUUUGGGACAUUAUCACCAUCUUCUGUUUCCUCUGUAUCAAAGCUUGAAGAGUUUAAGACACUUGCAAAGCUUGCUUUAUCUGACCCUAACAAAUCCCGUUUAUUGGAAAGCUAUCAGAUGCUCAAGGUUAACGUCAUGUGCUCUUCUUGAACACACAUAGUUUUCUAGUCUUGCGGCUUUGUUCACGUGAAACAUUGCUUCAGGAACAGAGAAAAGAGAUUUAAGACUCUGUUAAUACAACAUCAAGGGCCUCAAACCUGAAUCUAUCUGGUAUUUCUCAGAACAAAGACUUAAUAUAAAAUGUGGCCAAAAGAAAUUUUCUGCAUUAGAAAUUGCUAUCAUUUGCCGGUACAUAAUAUAAAAAAAUGGAAAGGGUUUUAUGUAAGGGGACUUUUUGGCGGUCAUAUACUAUCUUUUUGUUAAUACUACUAAACUUGGAGAACAAGAAAGUUGCGUUUC